AUGUCUUCAAACAACUAAAACAAAAAGAACAAGAAAGGUCAGCAGCAAUAGAAGCAAACUAGCCAAGAUGAUUAAUCUCUCGAGUUUGACCAUGGAGUAGGCUCACAGGAUUAAACAUUUAACUCAAAUAAAAGAAACGGAAAUUAAAUAGGUAUGUAUUAAUCGCGUGUAUGCAGUACUGAAUUUAUUAUAGAGGAAUCAAAGGGUGUUGCUAAUGGAAUUACUGAUGCUUUUACUCUAUAAGUAGGAGAGACAAGAUUAUAAAGUGCUAGCCAAAGCAUAGUCUAAUAGGACCACGAUGAUGAUGAGUACGAAACUGAUGAAGAGAUCAAGGAUAAUGCUAAAGAAGUGAUUAAGCUAGUCAAUGUGCAUAAAACUUAUCUUCUCGGUUUAGAGGGAGUUCCAGCACUUAGAGGAGUAAAUCUCACUAUUAAUGAUGGAGAGUUCAUUACUAUUCUUGGAACAUCUGGAGGUGGUAAGACUACAUUACUAAAUAUUAUUGGUACAAUCGAUAAGCCUUCUAAGGGUGACGUUUACAUUUGCGGACUUAGAAUUAAGUACUCUACUAAGGAUCAGCUACUUGCAUCUAUAAGACUAAACAAAUUAGGAUUCGUAUUCCAAACUUUCAACUUGAUUGGAUCCCUCACCGCUCUUGAAAAUGUAGAGCUACCAAUGCAGUUGAGAGGUAAAUUAUCAAGAGAACAGAUUAGAAAGAGAGCAAUUAGUCUAUUGGAGGAGGUAAGUCUUGGAUCAAGAUUAGAUCACUUCCCAAAUCAACUGUCAGGAGGAGAGCAAUAAAGAGUAACAAUUGCUAGAGCUAUUGCUAACAAUCCAUCUAUAAUAUUAUUGGACGAGCCAACUGGAGAUCUCGAUACCAGAUCUACCGAUAUCGUGAUGAAGAUUCUGGUCGAUUUGAACGUUAAGAAGAAGAUUACUAUGAUUAUGGUUACUCACGAUGUGGGUUUAAAAACCUUCGCUAACAGGGUAGUCCGCAUGGCAGAUGGUAAAGUUAAUAAAAUCGAAGAAAUAGAUCCAGUACUGAGGAAUGAACAUAUAAGACAUCUAGAUGACAGAGUGAGAGCAAUUCACUCAGGUAACUAGAAAGAUGUCCUUGCUAUUAGAGAGGGUAUCAAGGAAGAAAAUGACGAAACAUCAAAGCUUAGCUCUAAGACAAAAGUUGUUAUCCCAGAUAAUUUCACAGCACUCAAGAAUGUUAGCACUACUAAAACAUCAGUAAGAAAACCUCAAGACUAUCCAGUACUUAGGGAGAGAUUCAACAAAUGA